UUAAAGGGCCCACGGCGCGGCUGGGCGCUGUCGCUGUGCACCAUGGCUUACCAGGGCUUCGCGCAGGAGUACCUGGGCAUGCCGGCCGUGACGCGGGCCUACACCACCGCCUGCGUGCUCACCACAGCCGCCGUGCAGCUGGAGUUCAUCACCCCCUUCCAGCUGUACUUCAAUCCCGACCUUAUCUUCAGGAAGUUCCAGAUAUGGAGGCUGAUCACCAACUUCCUCUUUUUUGGGCCCCUGGGAUUCAGUUUCUUUUUCAACAUGAUAUUUCUGUACAGGUACUGCCGCAUGCUAGAAGAAGGCUCCUUCCGUGGAAGGACGGCUGACUUUGUCUUCAUGUUCCUCUUUGGAGGGUUUCUCAUGACACUAUUUGGACUCUUUGCCAGCCUGUUUUUUCUGGGUCAGGCCUUCACCAUCAUGCUGGUGUAUGUGUGGAGUCGCAGGAACCCUUAUAUCCGCAUGAACUUCUUUGGGCUUCUUAACUUCCAGGCCCCUUUCUUGCCCUGGGUCCUGAUGGGAUUCUCUCUGCUCCUGGGCAACUCCAUCAUCAUCGAUUUGCUGGGAAUUGCAGUGGGACAUAUUUAUUAUUUCUUGGAAGAUGUUUUUCCCAACCAGCCUGGAGGAAAGAAGUUGCUGUUAACCCCUGGCUUCCUGAAGGUGGUAUUUGACACACCUGAAGAGGAUCCCAACUAUAACCCUCUCCCUGAGGAACAUCCAGAAAACCAACCCAGAGACCAAGACCAGAACCAGCGGCAGCAUCCACAGUAACACAGGGGACUUCUCCAUGUGGCCAGAUUCUUCUCUUCCGGCUGGACUUACGCUGUGGCUCAGAGAUCCUACUGGAAUAACACCAGUUGCCAUUUUGAUGUGUAAUGUUUCACUGUUUGUAUGGGUAACCCAUCUUCCCCUUGUACCAAGUGGUUCCACAGAGCUUUGCACUUAAGGACUGCUGAAUGCUUACGGAGGUGUUCUAGGGACUGGAAGUUGUGAUGGCUCCUGUUACCCGGUGGGGAAUAAGUAUCAAAUGGGGUGUUAAACCAGUUACUCCUCUUGCUGUUAAUGACUUGGUGUGUGCCAGGUCACUCUUCCCUCUGUACAAUGACUAAUUGUCCUGGCUCUCACUGUUGUGAGACCUCUGUGGGCUUUCAAUGAAGUAGUACUCCUUACUCUACCAUGGUAGAAUGCAGCUCAACUUCUUCCUUUCCUCUAAGUCUCCCAUUCCUUUUUUGGUUGUUGUUUCCAGAGUCUUUACAUUAAAGUCUUUAUUUUUCAGCUGUGUGUCCAUUUCUGCCAUGGGCAGAGGCAGCAGUUCACCAGUACUCAGCAGGACUUCGCUCAAAACUGUCAGGCUGUCUGCUUGGGCUUUUCUGUUUUGGUGGGCAAAGCAAAGUUCAGGCGAGCUGGAAGCCCUCUUCCCCUCUUCUGUCAGCAGGACUGCAGAGUAUGAGGAGCCAGGGGUGGGUGAAUAGGGGUGUGUAUGUGUGUGUCUAGUUGGAGAAAGGAAAGCCUGGGAAAGGACAGGGGACAAAGCUGGACACUUGAUCCAGGCAGUGACUGGAAGUAGCACUUGAUGCUGGUAAUAAAGGCUGUCUACACAGUGUAA